AUGCAACUUGUUCAGCUAGCUUCGUCUUUGGUUUUGAUUUUGGUGGCCCUGGCGGUCUCGGUCAACAGCUACACUGUGCCUAUUCAGACCUACAUCGAAUCCUACAGAAAAACCCGUGCCAGAACUCUUAUCAGAAGCCUGUACAACCUGUACCAGAUUCCGGUCUCUGGAUUAGUCAGACUGAAAAAUACACUCCUUCACAAGGACCUGCACGGUGUUUAUGGCGGUAAGGUGGACUAUCUGAUCAUCUAUCCAGUCAAGGCUGUUUCCAAAGGUAUCAAGGUGACCGAAUGGACAGCUGAUAAUUACGGCCUCAAACACGACAGACAGUACGUGUUGUGUUCGUAUGACAAGGAAAACAACAGCUACAAGCCCCAGUUGCUUCGGUUUGCGCCGAAACUAACCACCGUGGACGCCUCUAUCGACGGCGACCGGUUCAAGUUCGUCUAUGAUAAUAUCGUCACCAACGAACAAUCCACAUUUUAUCUUCCAAUGAACGUCAGCGACGACUAUGUGCGCGAAAACAGCUCUCUGGGCUCGGAAAUGAAGAAAGUUCAGCUGUGGAAGUCUGGAUUGCAAGGCUAUGUUCUUGAUAAGGUGUUGAGUGAAGAUUUCAUCAAAAGCAUGAACCUGCUACCAGAUACUGUCCUUAUCUAUUCGCCGGCCGGAAAGGCAUGCAAAGUGGGAGCUCCGUCCAACGUCGACCGCAAGACUCUGUUCCAUGACUACUAUCCAAUGCUCAUGUGCUCGCAGGAAAGCUUCCAGUACGUGAAGCAGAGCGCGGGGGAAAAAGUAGACUACGUGAAAAUGGAGUCGUUCAGACCGAAUCUUGUUAUAUGUGAUAUCGAAAGACCGUUUGAGGAGGAUUUCUAUCAUAAGUUCGACCUGGUGUCGAAAACAGGACGCAUGAGCUUCACGGGCGCGCUCAAGUGCAUCCGUUGCACCAUUCCCAAUAUCGAUCUUGCUGUUGGAGUCCCCGAUAAGAAAGCGACGGUUUCGAAAACCAUGGCCAAGUAUCGACGCGUCGAUGAAACCAACCCGUACCACAGCUGUUUUGGAAUGUACGUGAUCCAACAUCAGGCCAACUUUGUGAUCCGCCAAGGGGACACUAUUGAUCUAUUGCGCAAAAAGAGCUUGAAAAUGGAAGAGAAUCCCUUCUAUUAG